GGCUCAGCUGCCUCUUUCCUGUUUCCGCUCGGAGCCCCGGAGACGUCCAGGGCCGCGGGACCUCGGCGCCGCCCUUGCGCCGCUCGGCAGGCCCGGAGCGUGCCCUGGGCCCAGAAGAACAGAAAAGAUGUUCGAUAUUAAGGCUUGGGCUGAGUACAUCGUGGAGUGGGCUGCAAAGGACCCCUAUGGCUUUCUUACCACGGUGAUCUUGGCCCUUACACCGUUGUUCGUGAUCAGUGCAGCACUUUCAUGGAAGCUUGCAAAAAUGAUUGAGGCCAGGGAGCGAGAGCAAAAGAAGAAACAGAAACGCCAAGAGAACAUUGCAAAAGCCAAACGAACAAAGAAGGAUUAAAUGGGCAAAAAUUACCUGCUGUGCGCAAAGAAUCCACUCUUUAAAUGAAACAUUUGUAUGUUUUGUGUUGUAACUGUCCUUUGAUACUUGAUCCUGUUAUUUCUUGAAGUAUGAAAUUUAAUACUUUGAGUGUAUUUUUUUUCCUGAUGAUUUGUGUUCAAAUUUGCCCAAGUGACACUUAUUAAAUCUACUACUUGUG